CAUUGUUUUGGGAUUUACCCAUCGAUACCUAUUAAUAAUUUAAUUUAAAUGUUUUGUUUAACCUACAUUUUUGUGACUUUCCUGUUUUGAUUUUUUUUUUCAAAUUAAGGUUUUGUUAACAUGAUCAAAGGAUAAGACUGGUUUUGAUGGUAUUAAUUUAGUCGUCCAUAUUGUUUUUCUUCAUUUCAUAGUGACAUUGUGGGGACUAUGUAACCUUGGUGUGGGGGAUGGGCGUGUUGGUUAGGUAACUUUUGUUAAGCAUGAUUUAAACUAAGUCAAUAUAAAUAGUUUCAUUUAUUUUUCCUCUUAAUUCAUUAGUAAUGCUAUUUAAAAUUCUAAUGUAAUUCGCCAGAGCUUUUAGUGUUGUUGUUUUGAGGAUUGCAUUUUACCCCGUUUAUUGUUUUGAUAUGUAUUAAUUUGUCUAAAUUACUCACCUUGUUUUGCGUUUUGAUUUUUGUUUUAAUUUUAAACACAAGGCGAGGUCACUUUGUAUAAAGUGCUGUGUCAUUCUGUUAGUGUUAGCAUAGCGACGUGACCCUUCCAAUGUAGUCGUCUGCUUGAUGUAAAUCUGCGUUUCUGUACGUUCUGUUCUUUCCUUUACUUUUACAGCUAUUCGUCUUGGUUGUAAGUUUUAUUUUUCAGGGUUACUUUCUUUUUGGCCUUUACUUCUUUGUCUGAUCUCAAGAUUUUUUUUGUUUUGGAUGUUGGUGAAUGUAGUUAGUGUAUCAUUUUGUAUAUUAUAAUUGUUUUUUUUUAUUCCAAUUGACGAUUUGUUUUGUCGUACGAGUAAGUUAUAUAUGUUUAAGCGCUCAAGAUGGCGACUGUACACGUUUUCUAGAAGAAAGCGGAUAUUCUGUAAGCGCAGUUGAUCAAGGGGAGGCUCUUGUUGAGGGUUCUUGUGACCGACUAAGAGAACCAAUAGGAUUGCCAGUUCAUCAGACUGAAAGCCCGCGUUAUGUCUCUGCUGGCCAAUCCUAGUGAUCGGCUUUUAAAAAGUUGACGUAAUGGCGAUAAAAAUCUUCUAUGCCCUCUCUUUUUGUCGGUUAAUCACGUUACAGGUUUAACCAGCCAGCAUCAAAUUCGACGUUUAUAUAAAGUUUGAUCUUAUUCUUCUAAGGCUAAUUUGCCAGCUUGUGGGUCGCCCUGGAAAGUUUCUCUUCGAGCUUCCUCUGUCUUGUGGGCGCGGUGACUUUGAUAGACAUGUAUCUCGUCAAAUAAAACUGAAGAAGGCGGGGUCAGUAGCUUACAGUCCAACCAAUCAGACUGGAGGUUGGGCUAUAAAAGAACGGGUGUUGUCGCACAGUCGCCAUUUCAACGAAGUAGUGUGCUCUGUUGUUCUGGCGGGAGCGGAAAAAAAACUGACGACCGGAGACGGAUCCUGGUUUUGACUCUGGCAAAACAGAAUCCGGAUUCAUCCUGAUGGAUAUGGCUGUCAACCCGCCUUUUGACAGCUCUCACACUGGGAUUGAGAUUGGGCAUACAGGACUGAUGAUGGAUCAGAGCACAGCCGGAAAGCGCAUUCGCAAACCCUCCCUGCUCUACGAGGACUUUGAAAGUCCAGGGAUGCCCCCCAUCAAUCAGAUGGCUCCCUCAGGACCCCCUCAGCCCCCAGUGAGAGACCCAAGCAGACACGGAAGGAUGACCAACCAGCUUCAGUUUCUACAGAAAGUGGUCCUCAAGUCUUUGUGGAGGCACCACUUUGCCUGGCCUUUCCAUGAACCCGUAGAUGCCGUCAAGCUCAGCCUACCUGACUAUCACAAAAUUAUCAAAACUCCCAUGGACAUGGGCACCAUAAAGAAAAGACUAGAAAACAACUACUACCGCAGUGCCAGCGAGUGCAUGCAGGACUUUAACGCCAUGUUUACCAACUGUUAUAUUUAUAACAAGCCAACAGACGACAUUGUCCUGAUGGCUCAGUCUCUGGAAAAGGCAUUCUUGCAGAAAGUGGCACAGAUGCCCCAGGAGGAGAUAGAACUGGCCCCACCUGCUCCAAGGAGCAAGCAAUCUAAAAAUCUUAAAAAGGGAAGGAACAGUUCAGUCCUUGGAGGAGUGACGACAGCUCAUCAAGUUCCAGCUGUGUCCCAGUCGGUGUACUCCCCUCCCACUCCAGAAACGCCGGACUCCAUCCUCUCCACACCCCCACAGACAAUUCUGACUAAGUGCAGUACCCCCACCCUUCAACCUGAGCAGACUAUCCCUGCCAUUACAGGCCUACCUCCUACACAACCUACAGCUAAGAAGAAGGGCGUGAAGCGGAAAGCAGACACCACAACCCCAACCACUGUGGCAAUGCCAAUUAUGAGCACCCUGGGGGUCACUGGCAUCGGCCUGGGGAUGGUAGGGGGACACGACUCUCCGCUCACCCUCACCUCCCUGGGAAUGGACCACAACUCCAGUCUGGGAAUGAAUCAGGCCAUGGGGAUGGGGAUGGGGAUGGGGAUGAGCAUGGGCGGCGGAACAAUGAUGCUGGGCGCCAAAGCAACAUCCGGGAGUCGAAGAGGAGUGAGCGGACGGCCCAUCAAACCUCCAAAAAAGGAUCUGCCGGAUUCCAUCCUGCCGACUCCUGUGCGGCGCAGCAAACUGAGCCCGCAGCUGCGCUACUGCAGUGGCGUCCUAAAGGAGCUGCUGUCAAAGAAGCAUGCUGCGUACGCCUGGCCAUUCUACAAGCCUGUGGAUGCCGUGUCACUUGGUCUUCAUGACUAUCACGAGAUCAUAAAGCAACCCAUGGACCUCAGUACCAUCAAGAGGAAAAUGGACAGCAGAGAGUACAGAGACGCCCAGCAGUUCUCUGCUGAUGUGAGGCUGAUGUUUUCCAACUGCUACAAAUACAACCCCCCUGAUCAUGAUGUUGUCGCCAUGGCCAGAAAACUCCAGGACGUGUUUGAAUUUUGCUUUGCUAAAAUGCCAGAUGAGCCCCCAGCACCACCGAGCUCCACGUCUUCCUCCUCCUCGUCUUCCUCCUCCUCUGAGAGUGAGCUCAGCAGUGAAAGUGAGGAGAGUGAGAGCAGCCCGAGCUCCGACUCUGAAGAGGAGAGGGCAAACCGACUGGCAGAGCUGCAGGAACAGCUGAAGGCCGUACAUGAGCAACUCACCGCCCUCUCUCAGGGUCCUAUUGUUAAGCCCAAGAAAAAGAAGGAGAAAAAAGACAGAAAAAAGAAGAAAAGAGUGGAGAAGGACAGACAUCGGAGAAUAGAAGAGGACCUGACCCCUAUCAGACCACCCAAAGCUCCAAAAACGACGAAGAGCUCAAAGACUAAGAGCAACCGAGGAAUGGAUUGUCCUGUCAUGCCGAUGAAGAAGACUCAGAGCAAGAAAAACAGCAAAAGCAAAUCCAAAAAGAGUGCCAUCAUGUUUAAUAUGCCCCAGCAUGAUCCUUUGGUGGGUCACUUUGACUCUGACGAAGAGGAAGACACUGCGCCCAUGUCGUACGAUGAGAAACGCCAGCUCAGCCUGGACAUCAACAAGCUGCCCGGAGAGAAGCUGGGCCGCGUAGUUUACAUCAUUCAGUCCCGUGAGCCAUCGCUGCGGGACACCAACCCGGAGGAGAUCGAGAUCGAUUUCGAGACACUGAAGCCGUCGACACUGCGGGAACUGGAGAGAUACGUCAUGACGUGUCUGAGGAAGAAACCCAGGAAACCGUACGUGAGUACGAAGAACAGUGCUGGAAAGUCCCGGGAAGAGCUGGCUCUGGAAAAGCAGAUGGAGCUGGAGAGGAGGCUGAUGGAUGUCAGCGGUCAGCUGAACUCUGGAAAGAAGCCUGCUAAAAACAAACCUGACAAACCGGCUUCAGACGUUCACACCCAGCCGUCACGCUUGAGCGCUAGCAGCUCGUCCUCGGACUCCUCCUCAUCAUCUUCUUCAUCUUCCUCCUCAGACACAAGUGAUUCAGACUCUGGCUGAGGGAUGCCCCGACCUUGAUAAAAGGGUGUUGUGACCCCACCUAUCCCUCCCCCUCACAAGCAGCCUGAACUGUUGCACAACUACUGAGGACGGAGCUGCUGGAGGGCUCAGAUGUGGCCUGCAGAACCAGCGCAGCUCGUACUGUCAACCUGAGAAAAGACAGAUGGGGCGUCCCCUGCUCAUGCAGUUCAGGACAACAGAGGAGGACGCUGAUUGUAUCAUCCCGAGGUUCAUAAGUGGAGCGAGGGAUGCUCCAUCUCCUUCAGAUAAAGAUUGAUGCAUAAGUCGGAGGGAUAAGGGUGCUAAUGCCAGAAUCUCUCAUUUCUGGAUUUUUUUUCCCUUCUUACCAUGCUCUCUGUCUUUAUGCUGUAACAGAAGAGAUGUACAGUGAUAUAAAUAUGUAUUUUUCUUUUAUAAAGAAGUGUUUUAUGGAGCUAAUUUAUUCCCUGAUAUUUUGGGAAAGAUUGAACUGGCGUGGGCAGUUUGUGUGUUUAGUUUUUUUGUUCUGCAGUAAGAGGAAACGUGUUGGGAUGAAUGUGUGUUUGUGCACGAGUGUCAGGCACCACAAGCGUGUCCUUGUGAAGUUCCUCAUAGUUUUGAAGCAGAAAAUCCUUCUGCACACAGAAGCACCUUGUUCCAGUAGACAACAGAAUGCAUGCAAUACAGUAGAGCAGACAGACAUGUCCUCUCAUCUUAUCUUUGUCCUCUAUGUACGAGUCAGGAGUCGGCCACUGUACAGAAAUGUGUCAUAGUUGCUGUUUCUAUGUAAAGCUUUCUGUUUCCAUGCCGGCUGUGUUUUUGGUUUUUCUUUUUCACUUGGUACACCUCUGUAAACAUUUUUUUUUUAAGUCUAUGUGACCAAUCUGCUAAUAAAUUGUGAGGACGUGUCCUGUUCACUCACCUGUGCCCAUAUAACAUCUUGGUUUCACUUUCUUCAGAGCUCUUGUUAUUUUUAUGACUUUCUCUUCGAGCAUGAAGCAGGCUUUGGUUUGUUCAUUAAAUAACUAGUUUGUGUUAAGAGUUUGAGGCCUUGAGAUCUCUGGCAGCUGAGUGUUUGCUCUGUAAAAGAGUAACU